UAGAAUUAGAAAGAGAUGAGAAACAAAUUGAAUCUCGCUGAGUUAAUCGUGAGUUGUGAAACUGGAACUAACUCCUUGUCCGACAAAUAUUGUUUAGAAAAACCUCUGAAUUGUUUCUUCCUAAGCGAGUAUCUCUUUUUUCUGAACGGUAUCUUCAGCCAGCAAUUUCAGGAGCGCAAAUCUCAUUUUGCGCGCGCGCCACGCAUUCAUUCUUCAACGUUGGCAUCUCGUUCGUCGUGGCGUUCUCCAAGCAUCGGCAGUUCGCGUGCGAACCGUUUCCCGCUCUCAGGAGUGCUCUCGAAAAGAGUGAGGAAGAAUAGUCUUAUGACGGGCGGCACGGAGUUACGGGAUCCGCAAAGAGUUGAGAAGCUCGGCGAAACUUACCUGCCCUACUCGGUUUUCCUGGAGUACAUAAACGGUUUAGGGACCUCCACAUUUGCACCGGGCACGUACAAUCUUUUCAAGCAUAACUGUAAUUCCUUCACCGAGGAGGUUAGUAACUUCCUAGUGGGCAAGGGCAUUCCCAAGUAUAUCCUUGAUCUACCAGAAGAAAUAUUACAAACUCCUAUCGGACAGGCUUUAAUUCCGUUGGUAGAAACAUUAAGCAGUAGCUCAAGUGCUGGAUUCACGGUAGGCCAGAGAUUCGUUGAGCCGAGAAUUCAGAGGGAAACUUCACCAGAAUAUCAACUCCUAAAUACAGCUAUCGAAGAAGCAAGAUUGAAUUCAAUCGCGUUAGAGGAACGGAGGAACGUCAUUAACGAGAAAUUAGCGAAGAAAGAUCGAAAGAAGAAAAAGAAGAAAAAGGAGAAAAAAGAUAAGAGCAGCAAGGAGGCCACCAGCAGCGACAGCAAUAGUACCGGACCGAGCAAUUGCUGUGCAGAUAUGGCGGAGAACGAAAGUGCAGUCGGCGAAACACUGCAGGCGGCCAAUGGAGAAAACGCACCCGCAGAGAUGCUGCCGUCCGAGCGAGUGAUGCAGAUGGAGGAGGAUGAGAAGCGUGAGCAAGAAGAGAAAAAACGCCAUCGAGAUCCACCGAUAGUUUUCAAAGACUUGGUGGAUAUACAAACGGAGUACGAAGGCUUGGUAAGCGCUCUCAAAGGGAAGUUGAACGAUGAGGAACAAACUUGUUUGGAUGAGCUACGGCAAUAUGUCUUGGAAGACGAGGGCUCCUGGGCUUUAGGCGACAACUUUCUGAACUUCGUUGGUCGAGUUCUUUACGAUAAAUCAUUAGAUAGUGAUGUACGAGUAAAACUGUUGAACGUGCUGUCCGUUGCUGCACUGAAAGAUGAUGUAAUUUUGUUGUUGCAUCAAGACAGGCGAGAACACAUCAUCAUGACAUAUGCCUUCGAUAUCGAUCGGCAUCCUCUGGAGGAGCAACUUCCACUUGCACAGUUUUUGGCAAAUAUGUUCGAGAAUCUCAGCAGCUCGGAAUGGUUACUCUACAUAUCGGAGUGGCAGCAUCAGGAUCAGAACGUCAGUAGCAAUAUCAGCAACAUAAGGGUGACGACAAAGGUUGCAGUGCACUCAUUACUCUCAAACUCGGAAGACCUGCAGAUCCGCGGUGCAGCUAUUAUCCACAACCUUGCUUGCAAGGAGAAAAUGAACAAAAGCAAAAAUCUGCGGCGACUUUUACCGAAAGGCAGCAUUUCUAAGGUGUUUGACGACGUCGCAGUGGAACUGACGAUGGCAUUACUGCAAUACUUCAACGGCAGUCCCACGGAGGAGCAGCUAUAUACGUGCAUGAAGUCACUGGCGCGUUUCACGCAGAUCAGCGGCCAAGAAGUGCCGCAGCUCAUACAGAUGAUUGGACCCGAGCCGAAUAAAUUCAGGGGUACUUCCCAAAGAAUCGACGAGCAGAUCGAACAAGUUAACCAGAAGCUGCGUUAAAGAUCCGUCGAUCGUUUGCGAAAAUGUCGUAUUCCAUAAGUGCGAGAUAAAACCGGACACGCUUCCACUAUGUUUAAAAUGGAUUUU